AUGUCAUCUUUGUCACUAGAUGAUGUAUUUGGAACGUAUUCCACAGAUGAAGAAUCCACCAAGCCUCGUGGUUCCAUUCUCCCAUCACUAUACAAAGAAAAAGAUAAAAAAGAUGAAAUUGUUAAAAAAAAUGUGAAGAAAACUGAAGAAUUGUGUAAGGAAAAAGUGGACGAUAAUAAAUCCUCCAAUUUGAAGAAAGAGCGAAAUAAGAAGUUAGGAGGUAGUGAUGGGGAGUCUGCUACGGAUGAAAAAAAGAAAACAGCGCGGAAAGUUGAAAAGUGUAGAUCAAAGCAGAUUGAAAAAAAUGAAAAGAAAAUUGUUACGAAGAAGCGUUCGGAUAAGGGAAAUGAAACAAGUCGGUCAUCUGUCGAUGCAAGCAUAGAUCUAUCGGAGAAAAAAAAACAGAAGACGAUAUGGAAGAAAAUAUUUCAGGAAAAGUCUCUUGUCGAGAUUUCCAUGUUCCAGGAAGAUGAAAAAAAAAUGGCUAAAAGGAAAUCGUCUGCAGUUAGUGAACGAAAGAAAAAAAUUAAAAGAACUGGUGUCGAUGAAGUGUUCGAGAAAAAGUUAGCAAAAAAGCUAAGAAGAGAGCAAGAAGGGAAGCGAGAGGAGCAGAGAAAAGAUGCUGCUGAGGUAGGUGUAAAGGAAGAACCGAUACAGAGUGAUGGUGAACUGCCUAAAGUGGGUAUGACAGUAUGUGCUAAUCGUGAUACUGUCAGUACAUCUGAAUUUGUGGCUGCAAAGGACGAGAUUACAGAAGGAAUUGAAAAACAAGAGGUUGCACAAAAUCAUGGUUCGUGCGGCAUGAAGGAUGCUCGAAAAAGAAUUUUGGAAGUUGAAAGUUCUAAAGAAAUUAAGCGAAGCAAGGAAGCGUCAAAGUCACCGAAAGCAAAUUCACCUCAAGCUGAUCCGGUUUUGCGUCAUGAUUCGGAAGCGGCGGGAAAUUUUUCUGUAGAAGAAAACCCCCAGAAAGAAUUUUCGCAGGAGAAUGAUUUGGCUGAUGUACUUGGAUCUGAAAGCAUGGAAAAUGAUUUAUUGCCCUGUAUUACUAAAGAUACUGUCAAUGUUCCUGAAUCAUUGAAGGUGGCAGCAGACAGCUCUUCUUUGGGAAUGGAAAUUACUUGUGUCUUGGAAGAACAUGAACCGAAUUCAGCGUCACAUCUUAGACACAGUAUAGUGAAGGAACAGCUACUUGGUGAGUUAUACCAUCCCGAAAAUCCUGUAAAGCAAGGUUUAGUGGAACCGAAGCUGGAAUCUGAUGAAAUUACCGUGGAUGCAAAUCUCACUGCACUCAAGCAACCAUUCCCUGAAGAAGCGUAUGGGGACCUGAAUCAACGGAAUGAGCAACAACUUGGCAAGUUUGAUGGUGAGUUAGGAAAGGGAAAUAUUGGUCGUAAUAUCACACGUAGAUGUUCCACUUCAACGAACAGCAGUAGCAUCAGCGAUAGUAGUCAUUCAAGUGUACUGUCAUCGAUUUCAUCUGCAAUCCAGGAGACAUAUCUGGAAAAUGAUUCUGAAGAAAAAAAAUUGCAACAAAUUCCAGAAUCAGAACAAGUCGAGGUUCCGUUUAAUCGAGCUUCUGAUGGUAAUCGUUGCACAACCAGGUCAGGUUUCAUGGAACAAACGGAAGAAGUAAAAGUACAUAUGGAAAAAAUGCAGUGUCCGGUUCCUCAAGUCACUUUUAUGCCAAGUUCGAAGGCAGAAUAUUCUGGUGCUUCCAUAGUUCAUUCUAGUUCCAUGGUACAAAGGCAGUCCGAGACUUUCGUAGAUUCAGACAAAAGUAUAUUGGAAAAUGUAAAUGAUGCAGAAUCUAAUGAAAGCUUUGAAUUAAUUGAUGAGGGUCGAGUUGGUGAUAUCGGUUUGUUGCCAGAUCAGGAUGUUGACAGUGAUAUUGGUAGUUCUGGUCGGGAUCACUUCCAAAAAAGCGAUCAUGAAGGUGAACAACAAGUCAAUCAAGAACCGGCAAUGGAAGUAGAUGACGAUGGGUCUGAAUGCAUUGAUGCCGUGCAAAUGCAAGAUGAUGUUCACGAUGUUCAGGAGACUGAAUAUGCUGUUCAAUCUAUUGUUUUGGACGAUAGUAGAAGCCAGCAUAGUGGCGAAGACAGUAACGCUGUUAUUGAUUAUUUAAGUGAGGGGGACAGUGGUACUAAUUCAAGGCAUGAAAGCGUUGGCAAUGCGGCAGCGCUAAUGAAUGUGAAUUCGAAUCUCAGUAUCCAUCAGCAUGUCGGAGCACAGGACAAUGAGGACGCUGUGGAAGAGGGUGAUAUUAUGCAAAAGUCAGCUACCGAUACUGAACUACAGGAUGCUGAACCCGAAGGCUCUGAGACUGUGAAGACUAACUUGGAUAUAGAUGAUAAACCAAGUGAUUCACAUCUUGAUGAGGUUAUUGAUGAUGUAGUAGCUGGUGGGUACAUGGAAGUAGAUGCUGAGCAACUAAUGCGUAUAAACUCUAAAAAGGCAAAAGAAGAGGCAGUUUUACGAGCUGCAGCUGCAUCUUCGCAACAGAGCGCUGCUCCGAAGGUAGGAUCGGUACCAGUUUUCAGUGCUGCUGCUGCAGAUUCAUCGCAGGCAGCUCAUAAUUAUCAGAAUGCAUUGCGUGGGCAUUCUAUGCAUGUAACGCAACAACAGCAAUCACUGCCACCACCUCAACCACAGCAACCACCGCCGCAACAGCAGCACCAUCAGUAUGGGAUUGCCAGUAGUUAUCAAAUUCAACACUCACAAGUGCCGCAGCAAAUGCAGUUACAGCAGAGUCUUUUGCCGCAGCAGCAAACACAGCAAAGCAUUCUUCAUGGUAGCCAUGUAGUGGUUCAACAGCAACAGCACAUGAGUCAGUCCGUAGUACAAUCGCAGCAACAGCGACAUAUGGGUCAAGCCAUAGUACAGCAGCAGCAUAUGGGGCAAUCUGUUGUACAGCCACACAUUAAUCAGUCCAUAGUACAGCAACAACAGCAACAGAGUAAUCGUCUUACUUCUUAUCAGCACUCACAACCACAAAUGAUGAAAAUUCCAGACACAUCAUAUCAGUUUCAACCACAACAGCAUCUUCCACCAAUCGAGCAGCCAGUGCAAGGGACUAGCGCAAUCACACUACAGCAGCAGCAAUCAACGCAUUUAUUGCAAUCAAAAAGUAUUGGCAUAAGUAAUUUAUCAUCGUAUUAUCAGGGUAGGAAUGUUGCACAGCAAACUAACUGUACAAGUUUUGCUCCAUCUCAAAUAUCGCUUCAGCAGCAGCAACAUUUGUUAGUACCACAACAACCAUCUGACAGUAUUCAAAAUAUUAUGGGUUCAAUAAACGUGAGCUCAGCACAUGCUGUACCUCAGCAAUCAGAAAUGCACCAAGUUGUGCAAACGGUGCCACUGCAGCAGCAAACUACUCAUUUGGUAUCGCAAUCUCGCUUGCAGCAACAGCAGCAGCAAACGCAACAGCAGUCAGUUAAUUAUGGAUUGAGCACACCAGUGGUGACAGCUACAUGUAAUGCUUCAGUCACAACAGCCCAAACCGUAGCGUCUGCAGGUGCUGCAUCUCAGCAGCAACUGGAUUUAAGCAAACAGAUAGGACUCUCAACUCCAUCCUUUCAAGCAUCUGUCACUACUAGCUCACCGUAUGAUUUAUACUCCAAUUUAUCGAAGAAAUCAACUACAGUGGCUUCACAACAACAGGUAUUUGCUUUUCUGUUAUUGAAGAUGCAUAUGAUUCAACAACAACAGCUCAAGGUCUCUCCAGUUGUGCGCCUUAAUUCUUCAUCAACCAUGUCAUCAUCACUAGUGGGACACUCUGGUCCUUCAGCUUCCACCACAGUUGCAACUAAUGCGCAGAUCAGUCGGCCGAAUUCAUCUUCUAUCGCUUCCCAUCAAUCCAAUCGUGUUAUGCAACAGCAGCAACAGCAGCUUUCACCAUCUCAUCAAGCAGUUGCAUUCGCAAUUGGCUUACCUGGUACUACUUCACCAUUUACGCAAAUGCAGCAACAAUACUUACAGCAGAUGUAUCGUUCAACGUUUUUAAACACUUUCCAAGGUAUAUAUAUUUUUCAGUUUAGUAUAGAUCAAAUUCUCAGAGCAUACAAUGGAGGAAAUGUAGCAACAGCGGCUGGACCAUAUGGGGCAAGUGGUUAUUCAAGUACGCCAAACAGUUCAGCAGCAGCAGCGGCUGCCGCCGCAGCAGCAACUGUAUUGCCUAGUACUCUUCGACAAGAUACUCAACGACAGCGGCAGCAACAUAUAACGGAUCUCCAUCAGCAACAGCAGCAGCAACAACAACAGCAACAGUAUUUAGCCUCCAGUUUAUAUCAGCAGCCCUCUCCUACAACCACACUUUGUUCUCCGCAACAGGCUAAUAUCGCAGCUCAGCAGUUAAAUUCGCUCUAUGGAGCUGUUACUGCAACCUUUCCAAUUCCAUGCGAAUCACCUUUAUUGAUAACUUCUCAGAUAACGAGUCAGCCGGGAAUGUAUCAUGCUGAACUUUCACAACGUCAACAAGAUAUCAAGCAGCCAGUUAAACAGAAACUUCCACACCAACAAGUAAAGACUUAUGCAGGUUUAUCAGGAGUGUCAGUCAUGUCGCGAUAUCCCGUUAUGUGGCAAGGUAUAAUUGCUCUCAAAACUAAUGAAACACGUGUACAAAUGCAUAAAGUUGGUGGUAAUGCCGAGAUGUGUAAGCGAUCAUUAGAUCAGUUUACAACAACAUCAAAUCAUAUGCCAUUAAUAAGGAUUAAUCAGCGCAUGCGUAUGGAAGCUAGUCAACUUGAAAGUGUACAAUGUAAAAUGAUGGAUGAGCAUUCUUACAUCGCUUUGAUUUGUUUGUCGUGCGGUCCAAGCAAAGAAGAUAUCAAAAGCCAAUCCGAAAUUCUUAAAGAGCGCUUUGUUGAUUAUUUGGAAUCCAAGCAAGCUGCUGGAAUAUGCAAUGUCGGCAAUGAACAAAAUCCUGCUCCCAGUACUAUCGUACACAUCUUCCCUCCGUGUGAUUUCGCUUCUAUAUUUUUGCAAAGGAAUAGUCCGGAUUUGUUGGAAAUAUUUAGACAGCAAAAAGCUAGCUAUUUAUUUGUUGUCAUUACAUCUGCUAACUGA